CAUUCAGAUGACAGCCGUUGGCAUGGAACGUUGGCAGAAUCGCGUAGCUGUGGUGACUGGAGCCAGCUCCGGCAUUGGAGCCACCCUCACAAGGCAGCUCGUCGCAGCGGGCGUGAUCGUGGUGGCGCUGGCUCGGCGUGUGCCACGACUGGAGGAGCUGCGCGAGCAGCUGCCCGACGAUCAGCGCAGCCGGCUGCACAUCCGGCAAUGCGAUGUGACGAGCGUCGAGUCGGUGGAGAGCGCCUUCGAUUGGAUCGAGACGGAGCUGGGCGGUGCGGACAUCCUGAUCAACAAUGCCGGCAAGCUAGAGGGCGGCCAGCUGGUGACCAUGUCGCUGGACACCAUGCAGCAGAUUCUGCAGACGAACGUCAUGGGCGUCGUCUCCUGCACACAGCGCGUCUUUCAAUCGCUGCGCAAGCGCAAGACGCCGGGCCAUGUGGUGAUCAUGAACAGCAUCGUGGGCCACUACCUGUUCAAUCCGCUGCCCGGCAGCCUGCAGGAGCUGAACAUUUAUCCGGCCACGAAGCACGCACUGACCGCCAUCACAGAGCUGCUGCGUCAGGAGUUUCGCGACUUUAAGACGCACAUCAAGGUCACGAGCAUUAGCCCCGGCCUCGUGGACACGGAAAUGGUGCCGCAGGCCUACAAGCGUCUGCCCCUGCUGCAGCCCGAGGAUGUGGCCAAUGCCAUCAUGUAUGCCCUGGCCACGCCCCCCCACGUCCAGGUGCACGAGCUGACCCUCAAGCCAAUGGGUGAACCAUUCUAGCCACGCAGUCCCCAUUGAUCCAUUCAAGCAGCUUAUACACAUUUAUCAAAUAUAUUGGAAUAAAUCAAAGCUGAGAUAGGCUGGGCAUCU